GAGUGAAGUUUGAACGACAAAACAAAAGCGAGUUUGGAAUCACACGUGGGCCAACAAAAUCAUUCAUCCAGCCGAUAAAACGGUGCACUUCUGCAAGACCCACCGCGAAUCUUAUUCUCAGGCUUCAAGAUUUGCAAUUGCAAGAGGAAAUGGCUUGUUUACACGAUCAUAGCUGUGAAGAUCACGAUUGCUCCUCUAACUGGUCUCUCUACAAACACAUAGACCUCCCCAAGGUAUCAGCUUUAAACGAAGCAGUUCCAGGAAGUGCUAAAUCAGUUUUUAAAGCUUGGGAGCACCGUCUCGAUUCUUCUGCGGGGCAUUUGGAAAGCAACGAGGGUGAUCCGGAGUUACUUGUUUACAUUCCAUUCACAUCGGAUGUUAAGAUCAAGAGCAUUUCAAUUGUUGGAGGUGCUGAUGGAACAAGUCCUUCUAAGAUGAGAGCGUUUAUCAAUCGAGAUGGCAUUGACUUCUCAGAUGCUCAAAGUAUGCAAGCUGUUCAGGAGUGGGAUUUGGUUGAAAAUUUGAAUGGAGUACUUGAGUUUCAGACAAGAUACGCCAAAUUUCAAAGUGUGGCAAGCAUCACAUUGCAUUUCCCUGAUAAUUUUGGUGGCGAUACAAGUCAGAUACACUAUAUUGGCUUCAAAGGUGAAGCCACCCAGUUGAAGAGGGAUGUUGUUGCCACCAUUGUUUAUGAACUUAUGCCCAACCCUUCUGACCACAAGACAAAGGCUGAAAGUGGUGGAGGUUUUUCACAGGUGGAAUGAAGAAAGGUGCUCUGCUUUGCUUUUAAGGCAUGGGUCAAACCUAACCUUAUGUUCCAUAUUCCUUUGUGUAUUAUCCUUCCCUUUUCCUUGUAAUGGAACCUGCUCUGAAACUCUGAAACUCAAACUGUACCUGGCAUCUGCUAGUGUGUGCUUGGUCCUCUGGCGUUUACCAUGCAGGCUUCCCAUAAUGAGAAAGCACAGUUGUUUGAA